AUGGCUUGUAAAAAAAGUAAGGGAUCAUGGAUUGAAAGAAGCGUUUUGGAAGGAGGUAAAACAAUUAUGGUUACACAGAAAAUAUAAUAGAUUAUGGAAAAUUUCAUCCUGAAUCAGAAUUCGAUUUUAGUAGUUUUAAUACAGGAGAUUAUUUUAAAGCUUUAGAAUAAAGAUAAGAGGAAGAAAAUAUAGCAUCUGUUUUAUAUCUAAAUGAUUCAAUUGAUGCUGUUAAAGAAUUAAGAUUAAAAUAAUAAUAUCUAUUGGUUUCUGUCAGUAUGUAAGAUAUUGUAAGAAGAUUUAAGAGAAGAAAGGUUUUAGAUUGGAUUGCAUUUCCAGCAAAAGUAGCUGUAUAAUUAAAUGAUAAACAUCCUGCAUUAGCUAUUGUUGAAUUACUUCUUAUUUUAAUAGAUAUUGAAUAAUUGGAUAACAUGAAUUCUUGGUGA